GCUUGGAGCUCUAACUACCCUCACACUGGGGAAGAAAACUCAUAAAGAAAAAGUUCUGUUUCGUGCAAAAGUAGUCUAUCUGGAAUUAGAGACAAUCUACAUCUUCGCGCCCACCACGUCCGAUGGAGGCAGAGAGGGGGAGUUACCGCGAGUGGACGGAUUUUCCACGAUAUUAACAGACCCAUCUUCCCCAUCCCUUUCCCCCUCGUGCUCGUCCCCAACCGGCACCAUUGUAGGCCAGUCCCCUGACACGCGGCCCCUGCGACCCCCGAGAACUCGGCGGGCUCGCGAGCGCCUCGGGUCCGACUCGAGCGACACCACGACGAGCUACGGCAUGCUCGACGUGCUACGGAGUCUCAAAAGCCUGCUGAAAAUCAGCAGGGUUCACAUCGACAAUAACGUGUUCAGGCUCCACUACACGGUCACUGUUAUCCUCCUUAUUGCCUUCUGCAUCAUUGUCACGACUAAACAAUUUGUGGGUGAACCGAUUGAAUGCAUUCAUUCCAGCGAGGUGCCAGAGUCAGUGAUCAACACUUUUUGCUGGAUACAUACUACUUAUACUGUGCCAUCCGCAUACGGAAAGGAAGUCGGCAAAGAUGUGCCCCAUCCAGGUAUAGACUCCACUCAAGACGCUUCUCAGUUUCGGUACCAUCGUUACUACCAGUGGGUGUGCUUUACACUUUUCUUCCAGGCUGCAUUGUUCUACACGCCAAGGUGGCUUUGGCGCAUGUGGGAAGGAGGCAAGAUCAAGGCCCUAAUGAUGGAUUUAGACAUUGCUCUCUGUGCAGAAGCGGAAAAGAAACAGAAGAAGAAGAUGCUGGUGGAUUACCUGAUGAGCAGCUUAAGACAGCACGACUGGUACGCUGCGAGAUACUUCCUGUGCGAGGCUAUGGCAUUUGCAAACGUCGUUGGUCAAAUGUUUCUCAUGAACCGGUUCUUCGACGGAGAGUUCCUCAGUUAUGGUAUCGAAGUCAUAAGAUAUUCAGAAAGAGACCAGGAGAGUCGAACAGAUCCAAUGAUACGAAUCUUUCCUCGCGUUACCAAAUGUCGCUUUUACAAAUAUGGAUCUUCUGGCAACGUAGAGAUGCACGAUGCGCUUUGUGUCUUGCCACUAAACGUCAUCAACGAAAAGAUUUUUAUCUUCCUGUGGUUCUGGUUCAUCAUUCUGUCAGUGCUGACCGGACUGGUGCUCGUCUUCCGGGUGGUUAUCACUGCCUGCCCCCUUGUCAGAGUUUAUCUGCUCAAUAUGAGGUUCAGAAUUGUUCAUUUAGAUACUUUACAUACUGUUGUUCGCAGGGGAUCUAUAGGAGACUGGUUUCUAGUGUACAUGUUAGGACAAAAUAUAGAUACUAUGAUCUUCAAAGAAGUGCUAGCCGAAAUGGCAAAGAGGAUGACUACAGAACCCAAGGAGGCGGCAUGACACGAGAUGUGUCACUGCCUCCAACGUUGUGCCUCUGCUCCAUAACCUGCCUUUGAAUUUUUCAAACAGUAUGGUGGAAACCUAAUUUACUUCUUUUCAGAUAAAGAGAUAAAGUUUCUGGACAUCAGCUCGCUCAAGGCAAAGAAGUUUGGCAUCCUUGGUGUCUUGACAAAAAGACCACACGGAAAAAGAGGUGGUUUUUAUUUUUUAAAUUGUCUUUCUCCUUACUAUACUUACAACUCUAUUGAGUAUGUUUCUAA